CGACAAUCGGUGCGGCUUGUGGCUUGCGGCGCGGGCGCAGCUCUUCUGUACCGCACGUUAACAAAAAUAUAAACAAUAUUAUACAACUGCUAUGUGCCUGGUGUUUACUAAACAGUGUUGUGACAAGGAUUGCUUUUAUUUUAACCCGUGAAAAGUUAGCUAAUUAAUUCGAGAUGGCGAUGAAAGAGUGGCUGCAGUGGCUACCGCCGCCGCGGUCCUUGCUGGCGUUGCUGCUGGCGGUGACCGGCUUCAGCGGUAGGCUGUUCGCCUCCUAUGUCACACACUCGCCCACCCUGCUCGUUGAUACCUGCCAUUCGCUCUGUAGGCUCUUUGGGCUCAUCACUACACUGCUCGCAUACAAGUACGAGCGAGCUGAUGAAGGCGCGGGUCGCGAAGGUCGGCUACGGAAUACAUUUGGAUGGGCGCGUAUUGAGGUGGUCGGCCGGCUAUCUGUACACGUACUGUUUGCGUCUUUCGCGUUCUCUCUGGUGGUGAACGCGCUGCAGCUCGGCGUACAUUCGUCCCAUGUACAACCACCAAGAUAUCCUAAAGUCAUCAUCGGCACUGCUGUUCUUGGGCUUUUGCUGUACACUAUUAACUACAUGUUGCUGGCUGGACGAGAGCUGAGCUACAGUCGCCGGCUGAGCAUGACGGAGGGCGGCGGUGUGGUGCUCAAGACGGGGUCCGCAGAGCCAGUGUUGGCGCACGCACCUAUCGACAUCGUCAGUAGCCUGUUUGCAAUCGGCGCUGGUCUAACCACUGAAUGGGAGCCCCAGAUGGCCAGCAUUGCAGACCCCGCGCUGUCGGCGUGCGCCGCUAUAGUUCUUGUCAUAUGCAACUACCCAUUCAUGCGUUCCGCGGGUCUGGUGCUGCUGCAGACAGUGCCUGAGGGUGUGGGCGCGUGUGAGUUGCGCGCAGCGGCGUUACGCGUGCCCGGCGUGCUGGCCAUACACGAGCUGCAUGUGUGGCAGCUGCAUCGCGACAAGAUCGUUGCCACCGCACACAUCUCCUACAGCUCACAUGAAGACUACCUGCGAAAUUCUGAAUUAGUCUGCGACGUGUUUAAACGUCAUGGAAUCGGUCUAGUAACUCUGCAGCCAGAAUUUACUCUGACGUCAAUUAGUGGUACUGAAGAAGAGAGAAAGGCGUUAGUGGACUUUGCAAACACUGCUUGCUCCUGUCCUUGCGCAAAAGAGUGCAUCGCACCACGAUGUUGCGCAUCACCUAUCAAGCCUGUCAUUACGCGCAUUUAAUGGCACAAAACAAAGUGAUUCGUUUACAUUUAAGACACGAAAGUGUUGAGUGUAAAAAGCGCCAAGCUCAAUGGGUACUAAAAUACUGCAUUUUCUAAACUAAUGUUAAGAUUAAAAUAAUUUUAGGUUAGUUUUAGUCCAACCAAAGAACUUUUACACAGUACGAGUGUAUUCUAUUUACGAGCUAAUAUUAUACCCACGCUCUACGAGUCAGUGAAAGUGAAUAAAAAAUCAAGAGUACCGUGGCAUUGCCGCGCUGUCACUAUACGUCAACAAGAUUAUAGUCUUAGACAGGGGUCGGCAACCUUUCUCGAGUUAGCAACCAUUUUCUAGAUGUGAUAAAUGAUGUGACAAAUGGUCAAUAUAUCUAUUUAGAAAUGUGAGGAUAUGUAUUACUGGUGUGAGACCAGUUGUUGUGAUUAGCAACUUUGAACUUGAGUGGGUCAGUGUAAAAUCAGUCAGGUAAUAGUAUUAAGACUCAGAGAUUUAAAUAUAUAUAU